AACCUCGUUCGCUGCCUGGACUGCUGUGCGUGAGAGAGAAGGGCUGAAGGAGAUCCGUUUCUGGUUAGCUGUGGGUUAAUAUUAUGCGAAAGAUGCUAACCAUCAUUUCUAACGUUCUGAGGGGCAGCGCCAGCAGGAACGGAGCCGAACUAGUAUCAGAGGGUGCAAGAGUGGUGGUAUCUGCAAGGACCUAUGCAGACUUUACCCCUCAGGCCAGCUUUGAUAUUAAGAAAUGUGACAUUCACAAGCUGGAGGAAGGCCCACCACUGCAGGCCGUGCUUACAAGAGAGGAGGGGCUUCAAUACUAUCGCACUAUGCAGACCAUGAGACGUAUGGAGCUUAAAGCCGAUCAGCUCUACAAGCAGAAGAUCAUCAGGGGCUUCUGUCACCUUUAUGAUGGACAGGAAGCGUGUGCAGUGGGUAUUGAGGCAGGUAUUAAUCUGUCAGAUCAUCUUAUCACAGCAUAUCGUGCCCACGGAUAUACUCUCACUAGAGGGGGCACCGUUCGUGAGAUAAUGGCAGAGCUCACCGGUCGUAGAGGAGGCAUUGCCAAAGGAAAAGGAGGGUCUAUGCACAUGUACACUAAACAUUUUUAUGGAGGAAACGGAAUUGUGGGAGCUCAGGUGCCUCUUGGGGCAGGCGUAGCAUUGGCCUGCAAAUACCUGGGCAAGAAUGAGCUGUGUGUCUGUCUCUAUGGUGAUGGGGCUGCUAAUCAGGGUCAGAUCUUUGAAACAUAUAAUAUGGCAUCUCUGUGGAAGCUUCCCUGCAUCUUCAUUUGCGAGAAUAACAAAUAUGGCAUGGGUACUUCUGUGGAGAGAGCGGCGGCUAGUACUGACUACUACAAGAGAGGAGAUUUCAUCCCUGGAUUGAGGGUGGAUGGUAUGGAUAUCCUCUGUGUAAGGGAGGCCACCAAAUUUGCUGCUGAACACUGCAGAUCAGGAAAGGGUCCCAUUUUGAUGGAGCUGCAGACCUAUCGUUACCAUGGACACAGUAUGAGUGACCCAGGAAUCAGUUAUCGCACACGUGAGGAGAUCCAGGAGGUGCGCAGUAAGAGUGACCCCAUCUCGAUGCUGAAGGAUCGCAUGCUGAGCAACAACAUGGCCAGUGUGGAGGAGCUUAAGGAGAUUGAUGUGGAGGUGAGGAAGGAGAUUGAAGAUGCUGCUCAGUUUGCCACCACAGACCCCGAGCCUCCACUGGAAGAUCUUUGCAACCACAUCUUCUACAAUGACCCUCCUAUGGAAGUGCGUGGCACCAACCCCUGGACCAAGCUCAAGUCCAUCAGCUAAAUCACCUUCCUUGUAAUACCAAUCCCCUCCCCUUCCCUUCCAACCAGACCCUCUCCUGUUGAAGCGCACAGCAAAAUAUGAUCACGUCCGAUGUGGCUAUAGGUUUUAGAGACAGAUAUCGGGAAACUCAGCCAAAUCUCUCAGCCACAUUGAGAUAAGUUGCCUCAAGUUAUCAUUGCCUUUUUUUGUUGUCUUCAUUAAUUACAAUACUGAUCCUCAAUAUACAGUUCAAACAUUUUUUUCAUCUCAUAUUGAAAAUAGCAUGUAAUACGUGAAUAAACACAGCGGUAUUUGGAUUGGAAUUGUCUAGACUUUUCAAAUGUCUCCAAUGUCCAUGCAGUGGCUGAAUAUUUAGCUUGUGUCCAUACAUCACAAACACCUAUCAUAUAUCAGCAGAAGUGUGUGUUUUGGUUAAGGUGUCAGUGAGAUGCAACCAUUUUGCAGUCCUAAUUUGACAAAAUGUUUAAAGGGAAAGGUUUGACAUUUAUAAAUUGUAAAUCCGUGUGGCCAUAUGACAAAAAUGUUUUUGUGAUAUUUACUUGAAUAUUUCAUUUCAGUUGUAUUUUAAAACUCUCCGUAAAUGCUUGAAAUGCAUCUAAAACAAGGUGAAUGGGAUUUAAAAUAAACCGCUGAAAUUUGGCUUUAGAAUGGGAACAUAUUAAUAGAUUCUUACCCUUUCACUCUUUUAAACUUUUAUUUAAAACAGGGUUUUUUGUUUUCCGUGUAUUUAUUAAGAGAAUUUGCAUUUGUUACAAACGAUGUUACUGGGGAUAUUCACAUUUGGUAUGUUUGUUUAAAAUCUCUUGAGAAUCAGUAAAAUAAAAAUUAAAAUAAGAAAAGGUGGUUGCAAUAGAUGUUAGGAUGCUGCUGAGAUGUUAAAAGGGGCAUCAAAAACAUAAGGUUAAAACUUUAUGCCGCAUUGAUUAGGAGGUGUCAUCAAGAUCAGGCAAUGUAUGUGUCAUACAAUGUGGACUUUAUACCAUAAAACUAUAAAUAAAUAUUUCAAAUACAA